GCCAGGCAGGUUGGGGUCGUGGGGUAACUCUUCAGGUGCUCUUUGCUGGAUCCUGGGGUCUGGGACGCCAGCGCGCCCCGCCCGGCUCUGUCCCCGCAGCCUCGCGGGCUGCUGGGCUUUGUGGUUCGCUCGUGCGGCUGGGCCCCUGCUGGGGGUGUCGUUACGAGCAUGUGCAGACAGCAGCCCAAGCCUUCAGGAUAAUUCCUUCAGCAGCACCGCUGUAACAGAGUGUGACGAAGACAUCGUCUCUUUACAUGAAGUUCAGAGUGACUGCUCCAGUCUCAGAGAUGAAAACAAUAAAGAGAAUUACCCAGACGCCCGGGCUCGUGUAGAAGAGCACGCGCCGUCCUCUGGUGAGGUGCCCCAGCAUGUAGAACAGUCCGUGCCGGUGGACUGCGUAUUGCGACCAAGCAUGGGCAACUUCAAGUCCAGGAAGCCCAAAUCCAUCUUCAGAACUGAGAGUGGGAGGAGCCACGGAGAAAAUCAGGAGACAGAACAGGUGGUGCCCAGCCAGCUGGAGUGCCAGGGCAGAACGGGAACGCCAGUUCACGAGAGUCCACAGAACAACACCUUCAGGUGCCAAGAAGCAGUGCGACUUCAACCAAGAAUAGACCAGAGGGCUACCAAUUGGCCAAAGGAUGCUUUUGAAACUCGGCAGGACUUAAAUGAGAAUUCCUUGCUGAAGCUCCAAGCUCUCGAAUCUGAUCUGUGCUCUGCAUUUUUGAUAAACCAGGAAGAAGCUGCCCAGGUGCAUGGAAUCAAGGAACCAGCCCCGGUGUCGACCCAGAGUGUGCCUGCGGAUGGGGCAGAUUCUGCAGACCCCAUGCCAGUCCCCAAAGAUGGGCAGAAUGAAGCUGACAGCACACCAGAAGAUCUCCAGUCUGUCGGGACUAGCAGGCUGCUCUAUCACAUCACUGAUGGUGACAACCCACUGCUAUCACCACGAUGCUCCAUCUUUAGCCAAAGCCAGAGAUUCAACUUAGAUCCUGAGUCAGCCCCUUCUCCACCCAGCACUCAGCAGUUCAUGAUGCCCCGAAGUUCUUCACGGUGCAGCUGUGGUGAUGGCAAGGAGCCACAGACCAUUACCCAGCUCACCAAGCACAUCCAGAGCCUCAAGCGGAAAAUUCGGAAAUUUGAAGAAAAAUUUGAACAAGAAAAGAAAUACCGGCCUUCACAUGGUGACAAGACUUCUAAUCCUGAAGUCCUGAAGUGGAUGAACGAUUUGGCUAAAGGUCGAAAACAGCUCAAAGAAUUAAAGCUGAAGCUGUCCGAAGAACAGGGGAGUGCUCCCAAAGGCCCACCUCGAAAUCUGUCCUGUGAGCAACCCACAGUCCCCAGAGAAAAUGGGAAGCCAGAAGCUGCAGGUCCUGAGCCAAGCUCCUCUGGAGAGGAAACUUCAGAUGCUGUGUUGACAUGUCUGAAGGAGAAGAGAGAGCAGCUUCCUCCCCAGGAGGAUUCUAAGGCCACUAAGCAAGACAAGAACCUCAUAAAGCCUCUUUAUGACAGAUACAGAAUUAUCAAGCAAAUCUUGUCAACACCUUCCCUUAUUCCAACAAUUCAGGAGGAAGAGGACUCUGAUGAAGAUUGUCCACAGGGAAGCCAACAACAUUCUUUACCAGAUCCAGCAUCUUGCCUUCCUGUCAGUGAACACCUUACCUAUUCCAAUGAAACUGAGCCUGUGAGGGCCCUGUCACCAGAUGAAAAAAAGGAAGUAAAACAACCAGCCCUCUCCAUGUCCAAUUUACAUGAGGCAACCAUGCCUGUACUUCUUGAUCAUCUUCGAGAAACUAGGGCUGACAAGAAGAGACUGCGAAAAGCCCUAAGAGAAUUUGAAGAACAGUUUUUUAAACAAACAGGAAGAAGUCCACAAAAAGAAGACAGGAUACCAAUGGCAGACGAGUACUAUGAAUACAAGCACAUAAAAGCCAAACUGAGAUUAUUAGAGGUCCUUAUCAGCAAGCAAGAUGUGGCCAAAACUAUUUGAGGCUCAGGAAAUGUCUAUGAACACUUUCACCCAAGAUAAAGUCAACCAUAUUUCCCUCUGCCACUCUUGCUAAGUAGUUCUGACAUAAUGAAAAUGGAAGCACUUUAGUUUGUAGUAUUAGCUAUUUUUAAGAUGGGAUAAAGUGUAAUUAUAUAUGAGAAGGGAUUUAUGUGGGGGAAAAUACAACGGAUAACCAUUUAACUGGGGAAAAAAGAUAUUGAUUCUGAGGAGAACACGGUCAAUAUAAUUAUUUCAAAAUGCAUCUAAUAUUUUAUCAAAUCUAAAUAGCAUAUAGUUGGGCCACAUUUGGUAGGGAAAGUUUAUUUAGUGUCCAAAGAUUGUUUAUAUUGAUGUAUGGAAAACAGCAUGUUUUUUUUUUCUUUUUUCUUCCUGAGGAAAGAAAUUCUCCUUUUCAUGAAAGACAACAGCUAGUACAGAAAAUAAUUUUAAAUUUCUAAUCAGCUUUUAAGUGAUACAACAUUGACUACCUUGUCCCUUACGUCUGUUAGACUUUCAAUAUCCUAGAAUGUACUAGAGUGUGUCACUACUAAUUUUUUAUUCUAUAUAAAAAUAGCACAUUCUUUUAUGUUAUUUGAAAUUUUACAUUUCUGGUUACCAAAGUUCAUUCUGAGAGCAUGUUCUUUGUGAAUUAUCUUUUGUCUAUAACUGACAGAUGUUUAUAUUAAAAUAAAAUCUUAAAAUUUUAAAAUAGGUAUUUUGGAUAGAUGUGUCUGCAGUAUAUAAUCUAAUGUGACCAUAGUAUUAUUACUAAUCUUUUUGUUUACAAAAACUAAAAUUAUAUAACUAUUUUUCCAUUGGGAAUAUGCAUUUUUCUUAAUGUUCCAAGGUAUAUACUUUGUAAUGUGAAAAAAAAUUUUCUCAUGCACUGUAGUUAUUCAUUCUAUACAAAAAUGGAAGGUUUGGAAACUGCUAUGACACCUUGGGAAAGAAGCCAGACUAUUUUAUUUGCUUCAUCAACAUUAGUGUAUAUUGUUUGUUAUUUUGUACUAAAUUGCUUUUUUAUAAAACAAGUAACAGGUUGACUUUUUCUCUCAUUACCAUCGUGUUUGUAUUUCUAUUUUCUGUACUGUUUAAAAAUGAUGAAGAAAUUCACAUUUUCAGAGUUUGGAUGGGAAGAUAUUGAUUUCAGAAGCAGGCUAUUUCAGAGGCUCAUUAUUUUCUCUGUAUUUACCUGAUAUAACUUUUAUGAAUCAGAAUAAUGUCCUUCAUAACUUUGUUUAAUUGAAGUCAUCUACUUGUAACAGGACAAAUACACAACUAUUUGAGGUUUACAAAUCACAUCUUGAUAAGGGAAUGAUUUCGUGACAUGUAUACAAUUGCUAUUAAAAUGUAACUAUAUAUUCUAUAUGAUUGUAAAUAUUUUAUACAACAAUACAAAUAAAAUAUUUUUCUAUUAUAUUUAUUAUGUUGAAACACAGUAGUUGUUUCCUGUUAGCUAAUAUAAAUAACAUAAAUAACACUGUCAAACAACAAGUUGGAAGUGCUGACAAUUCUAGGCUUCAAGAUUUAACUCAUGCUGCAAUUACACCCUUUCAUGCGGUUUGGAGUUAUCCCAAUAUUUGUUCAGUAGAUUAAAAUGAAUGCAUAUUUAAACACCAUUUAUAAGCCAUUAUUUUGUAUUUUGCUAAAGCGGUCUAUAAUUGUUUUGUUAUGUUUGGCAUAAAGUAAAAAUAAAAGAUUGCAGCAUCUAGGCAAAUAAAGUGUCAGAAGGAAAACAUCAUUGAAAGUAGUGGGAAAGGUGGGAAUAGGAAACACUAAAACAGCUCUGAAUGAAAUUUGAAGUGGUAGUUUACUUUUGGUGAUAGCGGCAUGUGCAUGCUUCAGUGGAAAAACAUCUGAUGAUAAAAAUGGACAACAGAGAAUGCUCCUAAGGGAAUAAAAGGGCUGAGUAGGAACAAGAAAAGUGGGCAUUAACGUCCAACACUGAUAUUACAGGUUUUGCA